UCGAUGAGCUUUUUGGCAAUUACUGGGGUUUCACUCAAACUUCCGAAGAUUUUCGUGAAAAUAUGUCGGUGGGUUUUCACUAGAUGGCUUUGAAUUGCAAGCUCUCUGGAUUUAACGGCAGAUUGCCACCCAAUGCAAAACCGAAGAAGAGAGAUGAUGCCGGCUCAAGUAGGAAAGAGAAAAUUUCAGGCUUGUGGGAAGAACAAGCUCGAAUAUUGAGAGAGCAAUUCAAUGUCAGCAAGAAUCAGCUUCAAGCUUCGGCCUCUCUAUUCUCCAAGUCUGAUCAGCAGUGCUCUUCCUCACUGAAACCACCCUUCAAAUGUAUGGGAGAACAGAGUUAUGAUUUGCCACUAAGCAAUAGUAUUGCGUAUACUCUGAAAGUAUGUUCAGAGAAUGAGAGGGUUGAACAGCUGUGUGGAUGCGUGAUCGAUAAUGUAGAAGCAAAGGACCUAUGUGCAGUUAGAGAUGAGUGCAUUCCCAAGAAGCUUGAACCACCAUCUUUGGGGAAUGAACCUGGACUGGUUAUUUCAUAUGAGCAAGCCAAAUCUUCUAUUUCGCCUAUUGGUUGGGCUUGUGGAAAGGACAUCUUGCAAAUGAAAGUGCAUUGGAAGUGUGAAGAAAAUUGCAGUAAACUGAUUAUCUGUUUGAUGAAGAUAUGUUGGUGGGUUAUGGUUGGAAUAAUUGCGGGUUGUAGGAUCUCUGGUUUUUGUGGAAGAUUCUGGAGUCCAAUGCUGAAAGAGGUUCAGCUGCAGCCACAGGUUCAACUGUGUCAGUGGCAGAAGCAGCAACCACACCCCCAGGGUUCUUCUAAAGUUAGUGCAAUGUGGAUGAGAAAGCUCCUAUAUAUGUUGUUCUUGGGUGGGAUUGCCUUAUCGAUCUGGUUAUAUUGGUCCAUGAGCAAGAAUGUUGUUUUAAGGAGGAAAGAGACGCUUGCCAACAUGUGUGAUGAGCGAGCUCGUAUGUUGCAAGAUCAGUUCAAUGUGAGCAUGAACCAUGUUCAUGCCUUGGCCAUUCUUGUUUCGACUUUUCAUCAUGGGAAGCAACCUUCUGCUAUUGCCCAGAAAACAUUUGCCGAAUAUGCAGAGAGAACAGCUUUUGAAAGGCCACUCACUAGUGGUGUUGCCUAUGCUUCGAAAGUACUGCAUUCAGAAAGGGAGCAGUUUGAGAAGCAACAUGGAUGGACGAUAAAGAAAAUGGAGAUAGUGGAUCAAUCUCCAGUCGAAGAUUACAUUCCUGAGAAGCUGGACCCAUCUCCCAUUCAAGAUGAAUAUGCACCAGUUAUUUUCUCCCAAGAAACAGUCUCCCAUAUCAUUUCUAUAGAUAUGAUGUCUGGGAAGGAAGACCGUGAUAACAUCCUGCGAGCAAGGGCCUCUGGAAAAGGAGUUUUGACUUCUCCCUUCAAACUAUUGAAAUCCAAUCACCUUGGUGUUGUUCUCACAUUUGCUGUGUAUAACACUGACCUCCCCCCAACUGCUACACCUGAGCAACACAUUGAAGCAACUGAGGGGUAUUUGGGUGCGUCUUAUGAUGUUCCAUCAUUAGUGGAAAAGCUGCUCCACCAGCUUGCCAGCAAACAAACAAUUGUUGUCAAUGUAUAUGAUACAACUAAUGUUACUGCUCCCAUAAAAAUGUAUGGUCCUAAUGUGAUCAAUGUAGGGAUGAUGCAUGUUAGCAAUGUUGAUUUCGGAGAUCCAUUACGGAGACAUGAGAUGCAUUGCAGAUUCAAGGAGAAACCUCCACUGCCCUGGAUGGCAAUAACAUCAUCGGUAGGAGCGCUAGUUAUAACAUUGCUAGUGGGCUAUAUCUUUUAUGCAGCAAUAAACCGAAUUGAAAAAGUGGAGGAUGAUUAUAAUGAGAUGAUGAAGCUCAAAGUUCAAGCUGAAGCUGCUGAUGUUGCAAAAUCCCAGUUCCUAGCAACUGUUUCCCAUGAGAUCAGGACUCCAAUGAAUGGUGUAUUGGGUAUGCUGCAGAUGUUGAUGGACACAGAACUUGAUGAAACUCAACAGGAUUAUGCACUGACUGCUCAUUCCAGUGGGAAAGAUCUAAUAUCCCUAAUUAACGAGGUCCUUGACCAGGCUAAGAUAGAAUCAGGCAGGCUUGAGCUUGAGGCUGUCUCAUUUGAUCUACAUGCUAUACUUGAUAAUGUGUUGUCACUUUUCUGUGGCAAAGCACAUAAAAAAGGCAUUGAGUUUGCUGUUUAUAUCUCUGGUCGGGUGCCUGAAAUAGUCAUGGGGGAUCCUGGACGGUUCCGACAGAUAAUUACAAAUCUAGUUGGAAACUCAAUUAAGUUCACAGAGCAAGGGCAUAUACUUGUCUCAGUCCAUCUAGCUGAUGAAGUGAGGGACCGGCCAGAAGACAUGGAUGAAGUGCUGAAACAACACAUGGAGUUGGUUCAGAAUGGAAAAGACACAUCUUAUAAUACAUUGAGUGGGUAUCCAGUGGUGGACAGGUGGAAAAGCUGGGAGAAUUUCAGGUCACUAAGCUGUGUAAACUGGACAGAAGCUAGUGAUAUCAUGAGGUUACUAGUCACAGUUGAGGAUACAGGUGUGGGAAUACCUUAUGAUGCACAGAGUCGCAUCUUCCAGCCUUUUAUGCAGGCUGAUAGUUCCACUUCUCGUACAUAUGGUGGGACUGGUAUUGGCUUGAGCAUUAGCAAGUGUUUGGUAGAGCUGAUGCAUGGUGAGAUUGGAGUAGUGAGUAAGCCUGGGAUUGGCAGUACCUUCACAUUUACGGCGGCUUUAGCAAAAAGACAAUUGAGUACUCUUGAUAUGAAGUGGUAUCAGAGCAAAUCUAUAAUCACAGAGUUCCAGGGAUUGCAAGCUUUGGUGGUUGAUGGGAGGAAUAUCAGUGCCAAAGUCACAAGUUACCAUCUCCGGAGACUUGGAAUAUUGGUGGAGAUUACCACCAGUCUGAAAACGGCGUGUACUUACAUAUCAAACAAUUGCAACGCAGGUUUGAUGACACAUUUCGACAUGGUUCUUGUUGACGAAGAUGCUUGGAGUAAGCAAACAAGUCUUACGCUUCCUUGUCUGAUUAAUGAACUCAGACAAAAUGGGAGAGAGAGGUACCCUGGAGAUUGUGUAAAGAUUUUCCUCCUUGCUUCUUCAGGCUCCACUGAGAUUGACCAGUUCAAAUCAACUAUUGAUGGUGUAAUUAAGAAACCCCUUUGCUUAACUAUGAUGACCACAUAUUUUCAGCAAGCCCUUGGCAUAGGGGACCGGAGGCAACGGGAUAGAGGGAGAGGGAAUAUAUCAAGCCUUCGAAGUUUACUGAGUGGAAAGCAAAUUUUGGUUGUGGAUGACAAUGUUGUUAACCGCAGGGUGGCCACAGGUGCACUAAAGAAGUACGGAGCCACUGUCACAUGUGUUGAGAGCGGGAAGGAUGCCGUAGGGAUGCUCCAGCCACCUCACAAGUUUGAUGCUUGCUUUAUGGAUCUCCAGAUGCCAGAGAUGGAUGGGUUUGAGGCCACAAGACAAGUUCGCUCUAUAGAGAACAAGGUCAAUGAACAGAUUAGAUCACAGGUUGCAUCAAUUGAGAUGUUAGAGAAUGUGGUGCACUGGCACACUCCAAUACUUGCUAUGACAGCUGAUGUGAUUCAAGCAACACAGGAAGAAUAUGUGAAAUGUGGGAUGGAUGGUUAUGUGUCGAAGCCAUUUGAAGAAGAACAGCUAUACUCUGCAGUGGCAAGCUUCUUUGGUUCUGGUUAGAGUGCAUGAAAUGUGGGAUGGAUGGUGAUGCGUCAAAGCCAUUUGAAAAAGAACAGCUCUACUCUGCAACAGCAACCUUCUUUGGUAAUGGUUGAUUUAGUGGGAUUAACGUGGUAGCAGCUGUUCUAUUGAUGGUCAGCCCUGAGAUGUCACUAUGUCAGAAGAACCUUGAAAGCGAUCUGGGUAUUUGGUGAGGAGUCUUCUUGCAACCAGUGGCAUCUGGCCUCACCAAUCUUCUGGGCUUCUCUGCAUUGGGAUGCUGGGAGAGCAGCGGCUGCCAGGUUUGAUUAUUUUGAAGAGGCACCUGGCUGCUCGGAACAAUGUUCAAUGGGUAGCUGGCAGUUUUUAUGAUGCCUUCCUAAUUAUUUUAUGAUCACUUCAGAGAAGAAUUAUAGAGAAAAAGUGAGUUUGUCAGGUAUCGCUUGAAGAUUUCUUGUUGCAAGUUGAUCCUGAUUGUUAUCUGCUCUAAUGCGGCAUUUGGAUGUUAAGGGGAAGCUAAAAGCUAUGCUGCUAAUCUCUUUGUAAUAUAUUCUGAAUAAGGGGUUGAGUUGUUGUAGUUUUUGUAAAAGGUUUACAGGAACUGUAUUGUACAUAUAAUUCUUUUUAGAAUGAAUAAGAAGAGCCUUCUCUAUUCAAAUAA